CUCGCCCGGCCCAGGCCGGGUGUCAAGGCGGGGAGGGGAUUUCAUCAGGCUCCCUCCCCCUGGGCCGGGCGCCUGGGAACCUGUUGGGACGAUUUUAGUUUGGGGAAGGACGGAAGAGUUCCUGGCAGGGCGGGAACUUCAGGGCAACAGAAGCAGCCCCUCGGCGCAGAAAGCCUGGAGCGCGGUGGGCAACCUGUCCCGGCUGGGACGACGAGGGCCUCGCGAGGUGGAGGGAGGACCCAGGACAAUGGCUGCUGAUCGUGAUUUGGAGAUGGAGGAUAUGAAUCUGAAUAUGGAUAGAGACAUGAAAGGAGAGCUGGAAGAAGAGAAGGAAAUGAGAGAGGACAGGGGAGGUAAAGAUCCCCUCAAGAAUAAAAAGGUCCACAGGGUUGUCUCAAAAUGGAUGCUUCCUGAAAAGGUCCGAAGAACAUACCUGGAGAGAGCUAACUGCCUCCCACCCCCUGUGUUCAUCAUCUCCAUCAGCCUUGCCGAGUUGGCGGUGUUUAUUUACUAUGCUGUGUGGAAGCCUCAGAAACAGUGGAUCACCCUGGACAUAGGCAUCCUGGAGAGUCCCUUUAUCUACAGUCCUGAGAAGCGGGAGCAAGCCUGGAGGUUUAUCUCCUAUAUGCUGGUCCAUGCUGGAGUUCAGCACCUCGUGGGGAAUCUCAUCAUGCAGCUCGUUUUGGGUAUUCCCUUGGAAAUGGUCCACAAAGGCCUCCGAGUAGGGCUGGUGUACCUGGCAGGAGUGACUGCAGGGUCCCUUGCCAGCUCCAUUUUUGACCCGCUCAGAUAUCUUGUGGGUGCUUCGGGAGGAGUCUAUGCUCUGAUGGGAGGCUAUUUUAUGAAUGUUCUGGUGAAUUUUCGAGAAAUGAUUCCUGCCUUGGGGAUUGUCAGACUACUGAUCAUCAUCCUCAUAAUUUUGUCGGAUAUGGGAUUUGCUCUCUACAGAAGGUUCUUUGUCCCUGCAAACGGGUCUCCGGUGUCUUUUGCAGCCCACAUUGCAGGUGGAUUCGCUGGAAUGUCCAUAGGUUACACUGUGUUUAGCUGCUUUGAUCAGGCACUGCUGAAGGAUCCGAGAUUUUGGAUAGCAAUUGCAGCUUAUUUUGCUUGUGUCUUAUUUGCCGUGUUUUUCAACAUUUUCCUCUCCCCAGCAAACUGACCUGCCUCUAAUAUGCAAUGCAAAGAGCCAUCUGGGAAAAAACUGAAGUCUAUGAAGAGACAAAGAAGUCCUUGCAAAUGCUAACCUCUUUUUUUAAAGAGGUCAGAAUAGGACUGAAGUCCUCAGUUGCAAAGACUGUUUACAAAAGGGGUUAGGGUUUAGGUAAGGGGCUUCUGAAUGCAGAGGGAGGGAAAAGGAAGAGAGAAAAGGGGAGGCAUGGAAAAAGCAGGAUUGGCUCUUUCCACACAUGUGGUGUGCAUUGUAGGGAUCCUCUAAGAGACUUGCUCUCCUUGGAGGAUAUAUUGUAGGGACUGCUUGAUAGAAUCUACAAAUACUGUACUGUUCUGAUAAUAAAAACUUUUCAUACCUGUGCCAGACUAUUGAUAAUCACUUUCUAUCACUGUUGGGGUGGACAGAUCACUGUUUGAGGUGCUUUAUAUACAUUAUUGUUAAUCUUUUCAACAACCCAGAAAGGUAGCUAUUACUCUGUAUCUAGAAAGGACGACAUGAAAACUCAUUUAAAAAAAAAAAUCAAGUAACUUGUCUAAGAGGGCACAGGAUUUAAAGGUUGGUAAUGACUCGAAAGUCCACAUUCUCCUCCCCUACUGGUCUAAUGAGGCUAUGUUCCCCAAAUACUGAAAGCUG